GUUGUAAUUAUGGCUAGUGUGUAUUUGUAGUCCUCUAAAGAGUUGUUUUCGCCUGAAUAUAUUGAAGAAGCGGUUUGAACCUACUACAUUACCCACAAUUCAUGCAUUCGGACUAAAUCGACGUCCGCUACGUGAUAACGUCACGCCGUCCGCGUUGUGGUUGGCAACGGCGGAGAAUGAAGCGGGAAGGACUGAACUACUUCGACGGAUGUCACUAUGGGCUUUGUUGUUCACGUUCUACUUGAAUAACAACGACUGUUUUUGUCAGCACUUUGAAGUUUACAUAGUUUUAAAAAAAAACUUGUACCGGGAGAGAGUACAUUGUUGUGUUUUUAGCACUGUCCGCUGUCUUUGCUGUUUGUGUCAAGCUAAUGUGAGUAAAUGUACAUGAAGCCAUCUGGACGAGUUGUCCGAAUUUGGCCUAAGAUUCAUUUGGUACACGUCAGGCCGAGUUGAAUUGUUCACCGUCAAUGGCAAGGAAAGAUGAUUGGCAGCAUCCUUACGUCAACAUUUUUAAAGAGUACAGAGUUUCAGAAUGGCAAAAUGCAUCAAAAGUAGGAGAUGUGUCACCAUCCUGGGACAAAACCAUCAACUGUUCCGUGUUCCGGAUCAGAGGUCCUGUCCCUGCCGAAAACUUCAUCCUCAUUCCCAAGAAUGCCAGCCAGUCUCUGGGUCUGAAAGGACGGUAUUUGUACCUCCUCUUCAAGCCCACUCCAAGAAAACCUUUUUUAAUCGUCUUGGAUGUCGGCACAGAGAAUGGCCGGACGGUCCGCAUCUCCAUCUCCAACAUGUUCAAAGAGUUCGACUUCACCCCCACGUCGCUUCUCUUCCCAAUCCAAUGCAAAUUGGAAUUUGAAUGGAGUCAAGAAACUGCAUUCAAGUCUACAAAACAAUGCUUUGGACCUUUACCACCAGGUCCUAAAGUUCAUUGGACUUGUUUGAUGAUGGAUCUUCAGCUUACGCUCGCCACCUACCUCAACCGACUUUACUACAGUCAUCUAAAAAGCAUUAAGCUCUGCUCCAACAUGUCUGUUAAAAAUGUCUUUACCACCGACUUGCAGCUGACUCCAGAGUUGUCCUACCAACAAGCCAAGUAUUUGGGCCUGACCCCUAAAGACGGUACUGUACCCAUGCCCAGAGACAUGAUGUUUCCUGUGCCCAUGGGACACAAAUGGGAGAAGUACUACAAUUACAUCAGGUUUCCAUUAGAUGGAGAAUUUAAAAGCAAUAUCAUCCAAAAAAUCAGUUUUCAUGAUGAAUCCCGAUCCCCUAGCCCAGAAACGGCGACCAGCACACCUGAGCUACCUGAAGCGGAACAAAUACAAGUUUUAAAAAGCAGUGUCCGCCGAAAAGUCUGUUUUUCGGACCAAUCCCAAAAGUCCAGCCCAGAAGUGGUACCGGAGCAGAGGCCUGUCAACCACACGCUGUCUGUGAAUGAGGAAGGAGUAAAUAAGAUGAAGAUUUGCAAAAGAGUCAGAAAGGUCAUCCAUGUAAUGACAACCUCAGCGAAGGAAGCUGGAAAGCUGUUACCAGACCCGAUUCUCAGGCUCAGGAAAAUAAUUGGUUUUGGAGGAGCCACUAAUUCAUGUGCUUUAUGGACCCUUGCUGGUGAUUCUGUGAUUUAUCCAUGUCAUGCUAUUGUGGUCUCCUUGAAAAUAAACUCAUGUGAGCAGAGAUUCUUCAUUGGUCAUACAGAUAAGGUGUCUGCACUGGCUUUUAACGGCAACACGACAUUGCUAGUUUCCGCACAAACUGGUAAUUGUGUCGUUCGAAUAUGGAAUUACCUCAAAGGAAAUUGUGUGGCCAUGUUCAAAAUGCAUGCCCAUUCAGUCACAACACUUAGCUUUUCACACAGCGGAGGCUUUCUUUGUGGAGGGGGGAAAGACAGCUGCGGGAAAACGUUGGUGGUUGUAUGGAACACGACCAACAUUAAAAACGGAGACGUGAGCAUAUUUGCAAAGCUAAAAAUGGAAGUGGAUAUUCAAAGGAUGAAGUUCGCCAACUUUGAUGAGACGAGGCUGGUGUCAUGCGGUCACGAUAGCAUUCGCCUGUGGCGGGUAAACAAAGGCACGCUGCGCUCAUGCGCAGUCAACCUCGGCGAAUACCGCACAUUGGACUUCACUGACGUAGCCUUCGAAGAGGGAGACUCCCCCGAACAGCACAUUGACGAUCGGCUGCUGUUUGCAAGCAGCAGGAGCGGCCAUAUUUUCGAAAUUGACUACAGUAGAGUAGUCAUUAAAAAUGUCAGGUGGUUAUUUCCUGUGCAGCAGAAAUGGUCUGUCAACAAAGGUCCCGGUAUCGCCAUCAACAGCCUCAGCGUGUGCUCAACCUUCUGUGCCACGGGCUCUGAAGACGGCUUCCUACGGCUGUGGCCUCUGGAUUUUUCCGGCGUCUUCUUGGAAGCUGAACACGAGGGUCCCGUGAGCCUGGUAUCUGUGUCAUCUGACAGCAUGCAGGUCCUAUCUGCCACCUCUACCGGUAAUCUGGGUUUCCUUGAUGUGAGCAGCCGGGGUUACAACACGCUAAUGAGGUCGCACACCAGCAAUGUGCUGGGCUUCAGCGUGGAUGGAAUUCGAAGGCACCUCACCACAGCUUCUUCUGACGGCUCUAUUCGCAUUUGGUCGAUGGACUCCUUACAUCAGUUAUAUGACUUUGUGUCAGAGGAUAAACCGUGCUCGGUGGCCUUCCAUCCCAGAGAACAGAUCUUCUCUUGCGGCUUUAAUUCGGGCAUUGUCCGAGUCUUUGACAUCUCCUGCGGAAAGCUCUUGGCAGAGCACAACCAUCACAAAGGUCUGGUGGUAGGUCUAGCCUUCUCCCCCGACGGAGAGUGCAUGUACAGCGCUGCCUCCGAGGGUUCUCUGGCGCUUUACAACUCCUGCGACAAUGACAGCCACGUGAUAAGGGUCGUCUGUCGUGUGGUUGCCCGAGGAACAGGCCGUGCACCAGAUGCUCUGACGGUGAGCAGCGACAGCCGCUGUCUGGCUUUUGUUGGCCCCACUGAAUACGUCAUUACCAUCGCUGAUGCGCUGUCGCUAGAAGAGUCACUCCGUCUCGACGUGAGUGUUUUUGAUCCACAAAGCACUUUUUUGGAUUCGGCGCUGAAAGUCUGCUUCUCUGUGGCUUCCCCUGAGCAUUUGUUAGUAACUACAUCUGCGAACAAAAUUCUCUGGGUCAACACCCAGACGGGUUCUCUAUUCCGGCAGGUGUGCAAUGUCCACACAAAGUGGUGUACCUCUCUAGCUGUGAGCCAAGACAAACGAUUUUUGGUCACAGCUGGAGACAAUGCAGUCAAAGUCUGGGAUUACAAUAUGAAACUGAAAUUUAACUCACAGAUGUUCAUAGGUCAUAGUCAGCCCAUCAACCAGGUGAGCUUCACCCCAGGACAAAAAGGUGUGAUCUCAGUCGGGGAUGCCAUCUUCUUGUGGGACUUUCUGGCUCAUCCACUUCACAUGCAACUUAAACACCGUUUACCAUUGCAAGCCGCAACCGACUCAGCUGUGGAUACAAUACCUCGACAACGGGCACCUCAACCCUUGACACCUCCACCGCAUCUAGAUGGGACCAUCAUGGACCCAGCUGAAAUCGGGCUUAAUGAUAUUAACGCAGCUGCUUCUGGUCCAAGCUCUCGUCCCGAAUCUGCAGCAUCUUUUUUGAAAAUCACAGAACUGGGGAACGUUCAAAAUAAUGAUUCCACUGGGAGGAAGACAGUGCGUCCAGAUUGUUAUAAACACUUCGUACCGCAUAUCAAGACUUCCAUUCUUGAUCAGACAGCUGUGACUCCUCAGCCUGACAAAGCAGGAAUGACACUAAAAACGAUUAUCGGUUACAAUGGCAAUGGGCGUGGCAACCUGGUUUGGAGCCCUGAUCAAGGUUUAUUUGCAUACUCCUGCGGCGGCGUAGUGGUGGUGGAGAAUGUCAACUCGGGGCGUCAGAGACAUUUAGUGGUCCACAGGGAAGAGAUCUCCUGUUUAGCAAUCUCAAAUAAUGCAAAGAUGAUAGCAUCUGCUGCAAGCAAAAGUGCCAACAGGAGCCUCAUAUGCAUUUGGGCCAUCCUGGGUGGAGCUUGUGUCAAUACCAUAUCCUACCACAAAGGGGCAGUGCAGAGUCUUGCUUUUUCCAGCGAUGAUCGCUUCUUACUUUCCGUAGGAGACUUCUCGGACUGUGUUAUGGCCGUGUGGAGCUGCUCCACCUUCGAGAUGCUCUCCAAAGAGAGUGCGCUUGGGCCAAUCCACGACGCAGCUUUCAGCCCAUCUGUAGCUGCUCACUUAGCCUGCGUCGGCAGCCAAGGUGUUUACUUCGGUCUGUUUCAGAACCAAGGCGGUGAAGGCGAUCUCAACCUUGUGAGAGUGAAGGCGCCGACAGCAGUGGGAGACGUGGAGAUGACUGCCUUGUGCUUCCAUGCCGACGACGCUUUGCUGUUUACCGCCUCCAACAGAGGACAUCUUUGCAUUUGGGACAUCAAGACUCGGAGCUGCUUCAUGGCAGUAGACGUGGAUGAAGGAGAGAUUGGUGUUUUGCUGUGCCGAGGGAAUAGACUCUUGACAGGCAGCGACACCCAACGGUUGCGACUGUGGGGGAUCGAAGCGGUGCGGCGUUUCGACCCUGAGGGCAAUGCAGCCAAGAAAAAUAGCGGAGUUUCGGUGAUGUUGAAGCAGGAGAUCGUGCUAGACGGGGCCGCUGUCAGCGCCGCCUUUGAUAACACAAUGGACAUGGGCAUCGUGGGCACCACCACGGGAACCUUGUGGUACAUAGACUGGUUGGAAAACAGCAGCAUUCGGCUGGUUAGCGGUCACAAGAAUAAGGUGAAUGAUUUGGCCUUUCAACCAGAUGAGAGUCACUUUGCAACCUGUAGCGAAGACGGCAGUUUGAGGGUGUGGUCCAUCCCCAGUAAUGAACUGGUGGUGCAGUUUCAGGUGCUCAACCAGGCAUGUACAUGCGUUUCCUGGAGCCCUUUCGUAAUCAUGCAGCGUGCCCGUUUGGUGGCCGGCUACAACGACGGCACGGUGCGCGUUUUUCGUCUCGCCACUUCGGAAAUGGAGAGGAAGCUGAAUCCCCAUCGGGUCGCUAUCACCGCCAUCCAGUACUCUGCCAAUGGUGAAGUUAUCCUCUCCGGUGCCAAGAACGGUCUCAUAGCUGUCAGUCGUGUCACGGAUGGAUCAACCAUCCGAGUUUUCAAGGACCACAAAAAAGGAGCCAUCACCACCAUUGAGUGUGUUCGGGAACAGUGUAAGAAUUUUGGAGUUGCAGGGAACGAGCUGUGGUUGGCGGCCAGCCUUGAUAGGCGCGUCAGUGUCUGGGCUGCUGAUUGGUUCAAAAGCAAAUGCAAUUUGCUAGACUGGCUAACACUCGCCGCACCGCCAUAUGGCCAGGAUGACAGCCCACCCCCUAGCCUUGCUGCCUUCCACCCAACAGACCCCAGCGUGAUCAUCUACACUGGUUACGGGAUAGAAAAAGAGCUGACUUUCUACAGCUUGAAGAAGAAAAGGAUAAUCAAAAAGAUUGCUUUGCCUCACUGGGCCACGUGCUUCAGUCUAUCCCCCAAGAGUCAACUCAUCGCAUUGGGCUCAAAAGAACGAGUGUUAAAGCUGAUCAAGUGGAGCACUGGUGAAUUCCAGGACUUCUUGGAGCACAGCGAUUCUCUUCAGAAGUGUCGUUUCUCACCUUCGGGGACAUUUCUCUUCUCGGUGGCUCAUAAUGAGAUUCUAAUUUGGGAAGUGAACGGACUCUGAGAAGCCUGCUUAUUUUUGUGCUAACCUUGUAGGUUUAUCGUGCGUAUCGACGUUUUUACGCCUUCUCGUCUUUUAGCUUCUGAAGACAUUUUUAGGAAAAGAGGCAAAGGAUUUUGUCACUUGAAUGUACAUAUGCUAUUUUAGCUGAUUUUGUGAAUUUUAAUUUCAUUUUUUAAAAGUUUUGAAAACUUAACCAAAUAAAAUGGAAUGGAAUUUCCUUACUUGCAAAGGAGUUGUUUCUGUAAAUG